UUCCACAGACAAACGUGUUCAGCUGUUGAGAGGUUCGUGCUCAAGUUGAGGACCUAAGCCGCGUGCCAAAAUGUGUAAGGGACUGGCAGCUCUGCCGCACUCAUGCCUGGAAAGGGCCAAGGAGAUCAAGAUUAAGUUGGGAAUUCUCCUCCAGAAGCCAGACUCUGCUGUUGACCUUGUCAUUCCGUAUAAUGAGAAGCCGGAGAAGCCUGCCAAGGCACACAAGCCCUCACUGGAGGAGGUCCUGCAGUGGCGCCAAUCCCUGGACAAGCUUCUCCAGAGCAGCUAUGGAUUUGCCAGCUUCAAAAGUUUCCUGAAGUCUGAAUUCAGUGAGGAAAACCUUGAGUUCUGGGUUGCUUGUGAGAAUUACAAGAAGAUCAAGUCCCCUGUCAAAAUGGCGGAGAAGGCAAAGCAAAUUUAUGAAGAAUUCAUCCAGACAGAGGCUCCUAAAGAGGUGAACAUCGACCACUUCACUAAAGACAUCACCAUGAAGAACCUGGUGGAACCUUCCCCUCGCAGCUUUGACCUGGCCCAGAAAAGGAUCUAUGCCCUGAUGGAGAAGGAUUCUCUGCCCCGCUUUGUGCGCUCUGAGUUUUAUAUGGAGUUAAUCAAGUAGUCAUCUGGUCAGGCUUCAAAAGUUGCCCUGUGAGUUGAGUUACAUCCUCUGUUGCAACACAGCAUCCCCCAGACACCUGCACGUUUCUCCAUAGCAGCUUUGCUCCAGGAUACCCAAACAUAGGCAAACCACAGGCUGUGUUGCUAACUCUUUCACUCAUGUUGGUUUGGUUAUGUAGGUCUGUUGUCUAAGUGCCUUCACUUUCUCUUGUUCUUUCUGACUGCUUUGUAAUAAAGGUUUACCAAGUUACUGCCAGUCUAAGUCACAGAAAUAUCCUGUUCAACAUAAAGCUGCCUGUGAAAAGAAUAGGUGAUAUAGAUUGCUCUUUAAACUAGGCAGAAAAGAAAAGCAGAUGCAAGCAUCCCCUUUCAUUGGGGGUUUGACUGGUCUUGUUUAUUGUUUUAAUUCUUAUCCUCUAAUGACUUAAGAAUUUGGUUAGUAAAAAGCAGCAAGCUGGUUAUAAGGCAGCCACCAUUAGGGUUUUUUUUAAGCAAGUACAUUGUUUAACAUUACUGACCUCUACUUUCUAGAGUAUCGCUGUGUUAGCUAGACAUUCUCAAUAAGAGAUACAACGAAUAUAUUGUGCUUCUAAACAGAAUAUAUUUCAAUUCCGCCCUUAUGCCUCCAAAUCACUAGGGAAAACGUCAGCCUUUGACUCUCUAGAACAAUUAGAAAUGCUAAAUACCCCAAAAAUCUCUUUGAACUAUUUCUUAAACAAUGGAAAAUAAGUUAAAAUUGAAAUAUUUUAUUCACAGUAUUUGGGAUAUCUGAAUGUCUGAAAAUACCCAACGAAUGAGCCAGCUGUUACACACUCACCCAGAUGGCUCCAGUUAUGGAGACCUCAAUUGACUAUGCUUACAAACUGACUGUGUGAUUGGCUAGUCUUGUCAGUGGAGGGUGAGGAGAGAGGGAAGGACACCUCAAGGGCAGUGCCAUGAGGCCACAAAAGAACACAGAAAGGUAUGCUUCUGCAGCUGAAUGGCUACAUUAUAUAUCCAGACAUUUACUAUAUCUCUAUAUAAUUUUAAACUUAAAGCAAUAUAUACACAUAUAUAUAUUCUUCUAACAUAUAAGACAGCCAGUGGGAGGUAAGUAAUCUAGCUCCAAAGGAGAAGCCAAAUGUAUUAAAAUUGGACUAGAAACUUUUUUGAGGAAAAAUAAAAACAACAAACCUCUAUGUUAGUCGUAGUUUCUAUGGUAACAAGAAGAAAAUACAUUCUUUUAGAUCCGAGAAAUGAGAAAAAGUGGGAUGACCUUUCCAGGAAAAGAAUAUGUAGUGUUUGUUUAGCAUUCCUUCCCCAUCCUUUCCCUGCUCACCAGUUUCCCUUGAGUAAAUUGCCUGAGAAAGUAUGAAGCUUACUUAGUGUGUGAACCCGGGGCUGCUUGUAUCUCCCUCUUCCAGGAGAGCCAGGCUAGGCUGAAAGUGGGUCUAGGAUGUAGGAAAGGGUUGGGUCUAAAUUAUGGUCAAUGGACAGGAGUAUUUGCUUCUUGUUCUUGAAGGAGGCCUGUGAUUCACCGAGGAACUGGCCCAUAAUCUGGGCUACUGUCUGAGGCUAAUAUAGUUCUGGGAUGAGGGUCAGAUUAACCUUUAAAUCAAAUCAGCAGAUAUAGAGACCAUCUGUCUCAGGAGUCUAUGUCCCAUGUGUGUCCGUUAGAGCAGGGUUGUUCAUGUAAACAGACACACAGACACAUACACGAACACACACAUACAAACACACAGACACACACAAAUACACAGAGACAUACUGAGACACACAAACACACAGACACACACUUUCUCCUACAUAGAGGACACAUUUCCAAAGGCAGAACCAUAUGCAUGGAAUUAUUUUACUCUAUUUGCUCAUAUUCCAUACACCACCAUACUCUAUUAUAUACACUGAACUUUCAGCCCAUUUUCAUUUUAAAUGCAUGAGAUGAAUUAAUUAAAAGGUUUUUCUUUUAUCCCAUUUAAUAACAUAGACUUCACCUGACUGAUGCCUCCUCUGUAUAAAAUCCAUUUCAAUGAGAAGGAUUCAAUUAUUUCCUGAAGAGCAGUAGGCAUCCAUUAACAAAUCAAUUGAUAAGCUAAUAAGCACUCCCUUCUAGGGAUUUACCAAAUUAUGCCAUCAUACAAGAGAUGGUUUGAGAAUUAUUUAAGCAGCCAGUUAAUUUGGAGGAAUGACUUUCACUCCUGAAACUGGAUCCUCUAGCAGGCAUUUCCUUCACUUCCUGGGGAUUUAGCAGAUUUGGAAGAUAAUUGGACACAGGAGAAGGGUAAUAAAGCAGAAAGGGGAAAUAGCAAAGAAGUAAGCUCUCAGGCCUAGGAAAAUUAGCCCACUGGCUAGAAAACACAGAGGAACAGCCCAGCCUGAUGGAUGAUCAAACAGCAUCUUGCUGUCAUCCUGGAUUACAGAAGGCAUUUCAGGGCUCAUCAUGAGGCAAGACAAGGAAGUUCAUCUUAAGAUCCUAUAGGAAAUUAACUAGAGAAAAGGGCAACUGUGGAGGGCUUCUUUUCCAUUAGACUUGUGUGUACUGGAAAGUAAAGAGUGGAGGGUUCAGUUUGGAGCACCCAAGCAUCCAAACCCCAGGGCUAGCGAACUCUAGGCAGGUUUGGCCUGUAAGUCUUGGUGUGUAGACUCUCCAGAGUUGAGUCUCCAUUCCACAUGCAUUCCAGCAUCCGUUUAACAUUCUCAGCACAAGGCCAACAAUUUCAAAGCUACUUCCGGUGUUAAACACACUUCCCAUUAAAUAAGUCCUGUGGCUAAUGAAAGCAAUUGAUAACCAAAGAAAAAGCUUUCGCUAGCCUCAAUACGUCAUCCUGGAACUGAAAAGUGUCUGCUGUCCCCACUGAGGAGACAUCAGGGACUCUAAAUGGAAGCUUAUUGUAGAGUAUGAUGAAGACAACCCACAGUCAGGAGCUUUGGAGUUUUAUCCUCAAUUCACUGCUUAAUAAUAAACAUACGUAUCAAGUAGAGAAGCUAUGUAGCCAUCUUGCUCAUAUGCAGUUUAAUACGUUCCCUCAUUUGAUACGCUUCUUCCCUCCCCCCUCACUUUCUCUCUCCUUCUCUCUCUCUGAAACACCAUGGCUCACAGUACUUAGGUAAUAGUGAGUAUGUUUAAGAGCACAUAAGUCCCUACCUAGGCAGAGGUACAGGCAAAAGCAUAGACAAAAUAAAGAGAAAUGCUGAGCACUAUGUCAUAGGAGACGGGGAAUCUGGAUAAUGCUUCCCAAACAUUCCAAGACAAGAAGUCAUCGUGAUGUGAGGGAACUGUAGUUCUGGUUUUGUUUUUAAUUCUGUAACUUGGGAGGUUAUUCUUUUGGGGAGUAGAAUGGAACAGGAUGAGGGGUUUAUGAAGUCCUGUGCCAGCACUUCUCUCAUAAGUAUUAAAUCCUGAACCAAUAGUGUUGGUUUCCUGAUUAUUGUAUCCAGUACUUUGUGUAGUAUGUAACUCACUCUUACUGAUAAUAAAAUAAACAUUAGCCUAUAACUGAAAUCACA